CUGCUGCUGCUGCUGCUGCACGCCGCGGCCGUUGCUUUCCCGUGGCUGCCGAGCAUGGACUGCUAAGUCUCGCACUUCUUCUGCGUGAGCUGAAUUCUUGCCGCCAGCAUGGGGAAACAGAACAGCAAACUGCGCCCCGAGGUCAUGCAGGACUUACUUGAAAGUACAGACUUCACGGAGCACGAGAUCCAGGAGUGGUACAAGGGCUUCUUGAGAGACUGCCCCAGUGGACAUUUCCAUCCCUGUGGCUUCUGUCCGCAGGCAAUCUAUAAGAUGGUUUCCUCUGUCAUGAGAAUGCCGGAGGAUGAGUCCACCCCAGAGAAAAGGACAGACAAGAUCUUCCGCCAGAUGGACACCAACAGAGAUGGAAAGCUCUCCCUGGAAGAAUUCAUCCGGGGGGCCAAGAGCGACCCGUCCAUCGUGCGCCUCCUGCAGUGCGACCCCAGCAGCGCUGGCCAGUUCUGAAGUCCACGCCCCCUGCCCCACCCCACCCCCCAGCCAAUCCUGGAGCUGCUCGUGAAUCCCUUUUUGAUUUUAACUUUGUAACCAUUUUGCCAAACAAUAUUUUUGGUGAUGCUGUGCCCCCCGCCCCCACGCGGUCCACCGCGCCUGCCUGUGUGACGCCUUCAGCUUCUUUUGUCGUGGACGCUUCGUGGCAUGCCUAGUGUGCCAGCGCUUGUGGCGAGCAUGGACGUGUGGUCACCCCCAGGCCUUGUGGUGUCCGUUGUUCCGACAAUGCUUCCCGUUCUUACAGUUUGCUUUCUUCCGAUUUGAAUGUCUGUUCUGAAGCCAAGACUUGGUGAGUCCAGGAGGGAACAGGUCACCCCGGUGAGGUGAUAGGACCCCAUUCGGAAACCCCCGCCUGGGUGGUGGCCGAACACAGCCAAGGGGUGAUGGGUUCCCCUGUAAAGGCAUGUUACCCUCUGGGGCAAGUCUGUGAGAAGGGCCUGAGGAAUUCCCCCUCAGGGGGAGCUCCCGCCACCCUCUUCCUCCGAAGGCUGCCGUUGUUUCUAAGCUGUGAACAUUUGGGGGUGGA